AUGUCGUUUGCGCCGAAUUAUGCCUGGGUUGGGGCACCAGCACCAUACAAUGGCACGGGAAUGGACGGUGGUGAUUCUGCGGUCGUGAAUCUAAAUCAAUGGUUCAGUCCUGGUGACCAGGCAUAUAUUAUCGUUUCAUCAUGCAUGGUCUUGCUCAUGAUUCCGGGACUGGGUUUCCUAUACUCAGGACUCGCACGGCGGAAGUCGGCACUUUCAAUGAUAUGGGCGUGCAUGGGGUCGUUUUCAAUAAUUGUCUUCCAAUGGUACUUCUGGGGCUAUUCCUUGGCCUUCAGUUCUUCCGCAACAAAUGGAUUCAUAGGAAACUUGGGACACUUCGGUCUAAGGGCCACGCUUGGCACGCCAUCACCUGGAUCACCACUUGUCCCGGAGCUUCUAUACGCCUUUUUCCAGUUACAAUUUUGCGCCACCACAGCCGCGAUUAUUAUGGGCGCUGUUGCCGAACGAGGUCGACUUAUCCCCGCCAUGGUCUUUGUGUUUUUUUGGGCAACAUUGGUGUAUUGCCCCGUCGCAUGCUGGGUAUGGAAUGUAAAUGGGUGGGCCUACAAAUAUGGGGUUUUGGAUUACGCUGGUGGUGGACCAGUUGAAAUCGUAUCCGGUCUCUCCGCCCUCGCGUACUCGAUGGUCCUGGGCAAGCGUCAGGAGAGGAUGAUGUUGAACUUCCGCCCUCACAACGUCUCUCUCAUUACCCUUGGCACUAUUAUCCUGUGGUUUGGAUGGCUUGGAUUCAAUGGUGGCUCGGCUUUCGGGGCUAAUCUUCGCGCUGUGAUGGCCUGCUGGAACUCGUGUCUCACAGCCAUGUUUGCUGCUAUUACUUGGUGCGUGCUAGAUUAUCGCCUCGCAAGAAAGUGGUCGAUGGUUGGAUGGUGCUCCGGCACAAUCUCUGGACUUGUAGCUGCAACUCCAGCUUCUGGAUUCAUUCCACCAUGGGCUAGUAUUAUUCUUGGAAUUUCUACUGGCAUUAUUUCCAAUUUUGCUACCAAGAUCAAAUUCUGGAUCCGCAUUGACGACAGCAUGGACGUGUUCGCUGAGCACGGUAUUGCCGGCAUGGUUGGUCUCAUCUUCAACGCAUUAUUCGCCGCCGACUACAUCAUCGGUCUGGACGGAGUCAGCACAGGAGCCAUUAACGGUGGAUGGCUCAACCACAACUACAAACAGCUCUACAUUCAAGUUGCAUACAUCGUUGCAUGCACAGCCUACUCAUUCGUCAUGUCCGCCAUCCUAGCCUACGGUAUCAACAUGAUUCCCGGCCUACACCUUCGCGCCUCCGAAGAAGCAGAACUACUUGGCAUGGACGAUGACCAACUCGGCGAGUUCGCCUACGAUUACGUCGAGGUUCGCAGAGAUUACCUCGCAUGGACACCAGCUAAGGAUGAGCCUGCGAACACGGAGGCCGAUAUCCAUGCCCAGGAUCGGCAUGGCAUCCAGGAGCAUAGCAUGAUGAUUAACGGCCAUUCACCGCAUAGCGAAAAUGGCCAUUCGCAUUCGCAUUCGCCGAUAAUUGGGGAUCGACAUGGAAUAGCUGCGGAGGAAAAAUACAAGGAGAAGGAGGGCUUAGCUCCUGUAGGUCAGGUUGCGGUUCCUGAACGGGUGGCGGUGGUUCCUGAGGGGUGGGAAGAGGUUCCUGAACGGCGGCACGAAUGA